AUGGUCAGGAGCAGGCUGCUUCCUUGCAGCGGAGCUGGUGGGAAGCUCAGGGUGGUUGUGAGCAAGGCAGAUGUGGACAGGGUCCAUGAUGCCUGCACCUGCAAACACCCCUGUCACCCUCCUAUGGGCCAGCUCAUUUCAGCUGCCCAAGCAUGGGAAACCACUCAGACGUGGUCUGCUGUGCCUCUCUGCUCUAUGUACCUCCUGGCACUGCUGGGGAACUUGACUAUCCUUUCCAUCAUUAGGGCAGAGCGGAGCCUCGACACACCCAUGUACCUACUCCUUGCUAUGCUAGCUGGGGCCGACCUGGGCUUGUUCACUUCCAUGUUCCCAACCAUGCUGAAGAUGCUGUGGCUGGAAGGCAGAGAGAUCAGCUUUGGCACCUGCCUUGCCCAAAUGUUCUUCAUUCACUCCUUCACGGAUAUUGAAUCUGCUGUCAUUCUGGCGAUGGCGUUCGAUCGCUACGUGGCCAUCUGCCACCCCCUAUGAUAUUCCUCCAUCCUCACCAACUCAGUGACCAUCAAGAUAUGUGUGGCAAUCAUCAUGAGGACCGCCCUUGUCCAGUUCCCACUCCCAAUCCUGCUGACCCGGCUGUGUUUCACCAGGGUCAGCAAGCUCUCCCAUCCCUGCUGUUUGCAUCCAGACAUCAUCAAACAUGCAGGCUCAGAUAUGAGGAUUAACAAUACCUAUGGCCUUUUUGUGCUACUCUCCACACUAGAUUUGGACUUGCUCUUUGUCCUCCUGUCCUAUCUUCUCAUCCUUAAGACCAUCCUGAACAUUGCAACUUGGAGGGAGCACUUGAAAGCCCUCAACACCUGCAUCUCACAUAUCUGUGCUGUCCUCCUCUUCUUUAUCCCCAUGAUCUGCCUGUCCAUGAUGCACCAGUUUGGCAAACAUGUGUCCCCCCAGGCCUAUGCUUUCACAGCCAACAUCCAUUUCCUUGCCCCACCCAUCCUGAAUUCUAUCAUUUACAGCAUAAAAACUAAAAUGAUCUGGAGAUGGAUACUCAGCGUGCUCUGCCAAAGGGGUCCGUUCAACCCCCAAGAAGACCAGCCAGGAGAGGAGAACAUGCCAAACUUCUGCCGAUGGUUCGAGGGACCCAUGGACACAAGAGUGACUGUGAACCAAGCGGGCGAGGAUCAUGUCCUGUCCUGA